CUCAAAAAAAUAAAACACUGCAGUCAUGUUGAGGUCUUCAGUCUGCCUUGUUUCCCACAGAGCAUUGGAUCCCUCCUGUCCCCAGAAUGCAAGGAUUUGCUGUGGGCUGGCCAGCUGGCACUUGUCAGAUUUUGGAUUCCAGGUAUAGGAGAGCAACACCCAGCACACAAGAGAUCUUUUUCCAUUUAGGAUAUCCUCAUCCCAUGGAAAGCCGUCUGCCAAGACCACCAUCGCUCACAGUGGUUUUGUGUUCCUCUUUCAGAAGCUGAGGAAAGCAGAGGGGUGAACAGAACUUGUAUGCUUAUUGUAUGAUGCAUCUUUCUAUUCCUUCACACAGGUUCCCGUCCUGGAAUUAGGCACAACCUAACGCAGGAAGUUAAAUGUACGUGUAAGUUUUUGCAGGAUGAGGCCAAAGUAAGCCCUGCAGCAAGGAAGGAAUUUAAGUUCAAGUUUAGCUCAGCGUGUGUACAAUUUGUGGAAACAAGGUAAGAGUUGGCAUGUUUUUAUCCCCAAGACGAAGAACGGGGAUAGGAGCAAUGCAGGCGAGCACAACCCGCGCCCCUACCCUUCAUUCCCGCCCUCUCCCCGCGCCGUCAUUUCGGCGCAAACGCCCCCUCUCAGCGGGCAGCGCUACGCAGGCGCCAGGCUUCGGUGGCGGCUCUGCUCAUGCGUUAGGUUCUCGCGCAUGCUCGGAGCCCGCUUGGGCUCGCUCUGCUCCGUACGUUUCGUAGCAACUGAACACAGUGCGUUAUAGAUGUCCGCGUCCUCACCCAAUCGCUUGGACAGUGUUGCCGGGCCGGGCGGCCUGCGCAGCGCUCGGAGCUGCGGGAGCAGGAGCGGGGCGAUCGUCGGCAGUUCGCGGUGACGCCCUGAACCCCCGCGGCGCGGCCGAGGAGCGCCGCCGAAAGGAGCGGUUCUGCCUGGGGCGCAGCGACACAGCGGGCGGACCCCAGGCCGGCGCGGGGCUGUGCCGGGACGGGAGAGCGUCCUCCUGGCGGGGAUCACCUGCUGAAGCGCCUCCUGACAACACGUUUGUCGCGUUUAGUGUUUCGAGGAAGAAUGAUGCAGAACGUGCACCUAGCUCCUGAGGAAGACGAGGAUGAUCUUUACUCUGGCUACAAUGAUUAUAAUCCCACUUUUGACACAGAGGAUUUAGAAAAUGAUACAGCUUUUCAACAGGCAGCAAGAACAAGUCAUGGUAGAAGACCCCCUGUGACAGCCAAAAUUCCUGGUACAGCAACUUCAAGACCUAUAGAUACUGCAUUUGGGGAUGGGGUUUCUCGGCCAAUGACAGCAGUGCAAGCUGCAGGCUACACCAAGGCAGCUAUCAGAGGUUCUUUAUUUGAUCCUCUUGGCCAAGCAAGAGGUCCUGCUCCACCUCUGGAAAUGAAAAAUCCAGACAGCUCAGAAGAGAAGAUUAGGCAGUUAGAAAAAAAAGUGAAUGAACUGAUUGAAGAAAGUUGCACUGCCAACAGCUGUGGAGACUUGACAUUGGCUCUGGAAAAAGCAAAAGAAGCUGGAAGAAAGGAAAGAGUAUUAGUGAGGCAACGUGAACAAACUGCUACUUCAGAAAGCAUCAACUUAGAUCUCACUUACUCAGUUCUUUUCAAUCUGGCCAGUCAAUAUGCUGCUAAUGAAAUGUAUGCUGAAGCACUAAACACUUACCAAGUUAUAGUGAAGAAUAAGAUGUUCAACAAUGGAGGUAGACUGAAGGUCAAUAUGGGAAAUAUAUAUUUAAAACAGCGGAACUAUUCCAAAGCGAUCAAAUUCUACCGCAUGGCUCUAGACCAGAUUCCUAGUGUCCACAAAGACAUGAGGAUUAAAAUAAUGCAAAAUAUUGGAGUUGCAUUUAUUAAAACUGGCCAGUACAUGGAUGCCGUUUCUUCAUUUGAACACAUAAUGAGCUUGUCCCCAAACCUGAAGGCAGGCUUCAACCUGCUCGUAUGUUACUUUGCUAUUGGAGACAGCGAACAAAUGAAAAAAGCAUUCCAAAAACUGAUUGCGGUUCCCUUGGAAGUGGAUUAUGAUGACAAAUACGUUUCACCAAAUGAUGAUCCACAUACAAACCUACUGAUUGAAGCCAUCAAAAAUGACAGUUUAAGACAAAUAGAACGUGAGAGGAAGUCGAUGGCAGAGGAUUAUAUCAUGGCAGCUGCUAAACUGAUAGCACCAGUCCUUGAGCCAUCUUUUGCUGCGGGCUAUGACUGGUGUGUUGAAGCAGUCAAAGCUUCCCACUAUGUAGAGCUAGCCAAUGACCUGGAGAUAAAUAAAGCCACUACUUAUCUGAGACAACGGGAUUUUAACCAGGCACUGGAGGCUUUCAAAAUGUUUGAGAGAAAGGACAGCAGAGUAAAGAGUGCAGCUGCAACAAACCUUUCGUUCCUUUAUUAUUUGGAGAAGGAAUUGGCACAAGCAACAACCUAUGCAGAUUUAGCUGUCAGUUCUGAUAGGUACAACCCAGCAGCACUAACUAACAAAGGAAACACCGUUUUUGCAAAUGAAGACUAUGAAAAAGCAGCUGAGUUUUAUAAAGAGGCUCUCAGGAAUGAUUGCUCUUGCGCUGAAGCACUGUAUAACCUUGGUUUAACAUACAAGAAGUUAAACAGAAUAGAUGGGGCUUUGGAUUGUUUCCUGAAACUCCAUGCAAUAGUUGGAAACAGUGCUCAGGUCCUUCACCAAAUAGCAGCCAUCUAUGAAAUCUUGGAAGAUCCCAAUCAAGCCAUAGAGUGGCUCAUGCAGUUGAUCAGUGUAGUACCAACUGACCCACAUGUGCUUUCAAAACUAGGGAAAUUAUAUGACAAGGAAGGUGAUAAAUCCCAAGCCUAUCAUUAUUACUAUGAGUCGUACCGUUAUUUCCCUUCAAACAUUGAGGUCAUUGAAUGGCUUGGAGCCUAUUGCAUUGACACCCAGUUUUGUGAAAAAGCCAUUGAGUACUUUGAGAGAGCAGCACUUAUCCUUGUGCCCAACUUUGUCUUCUUGAUGUGCAGACCUACCCAAGUGAAGUGGCAGCUGAUGGUUGCCAGUUGCUAUCGGAGAAGCGGUAACUACCAGAAAGCUCUAGAGAAGUACAAAGUCAUUCACCAAAAAUUCCCAGAGAACGUUGAAUGCCUCCGAUUUUUAGUUCGUCUCUGCACAGAUAUGGGACUGAAAGAAGUCCACGAGUAUCUGACAAAACUGAAGAAAGUGGAAAAAUUAAAGGAGAUAAGAGAGCAGCGCAUUAAAUCUGGCAGAGAUGGCAGUGCACGUAACCGCAGGGAAGGAAGUGCUGGUGGAGCCUAAGAAGUGUCUGCAAACAGCUUGCGUGGAGACGCACAUGAAGUAUAAAUGAGGAUUACUUUAUUUCAAGAUCUGAAUACGCAUUGGAAAUACUGCUGUCUCCAUUGCCAGAAAAUAAACAUUUGUACGCAUUUGCAGUUUCAUCUCUUACAGUGUUGUUGCCAAGACCAAAAGGGAUAAUUUUCCUUCAUGGCACGGGAGAUUUGUCAUCAUUACUGACUCCAAGGAGGCGUGGAAUCAUGCUUAGUUUAUGACUUGGUAGCUAAAUGAAAGUACUUGCUAGCUAAUGGAAGUGCAUAUGCAUUCCCAGUAGUUUAGAUACGAUGCGUGUUUUUCUUUCUUUCCUCUUACCAGCCCUGUGCCUGGCAUCCCUAGGAGAAGUUCUUUCUGCAAGUAUUUCUCCCCUGUACUUGUAGUAGGGGCAUUAAUAGUUCAGACUUCCUUGUUGUAGGAAAUGUUACUUAAAAGUGCUCAGUGAAGGAAGCUGAGAGGAAAGAGAAGCCAGCAAGGUGUGUGCUUAGAACCUUGCUUUGUCAACGUGAAUUAACACAGAAGAAGCACGAGAUGCAGCAAAGCAUACUUUGAAGACUAUGAAUAGAAUAUGCAUGGAUAGUGCAAGGAGUGGAAGGAAAUGGACCCAAAAAACUCACAUGUGUGUGAGCGUCAGUAUAAAGCCUACUCUUGUGUGGUGAGAGGAAAAGAAGCAUUACGUCUGAAGUGCUUACCCACAUCUGAACACAUUUGUUCGAUAAGCGCAAAAAGUUUCUUCUCUACGUGAAUAUCAGAUUGAUGGCUUGUGAUCUUUUUCCUUCACAUUAGAAGGAGAUUGCAUCAGCACAUACCCUUAACAUUUUUGGUGAUUAAAAAAAAAAGGAAAAAAAAAC